GUGCUGCGCGGCGGCCGUGGGUCGGGGCUUUACGGUAACUGAGCGGCGCGCCGGCCCCGCCCUCGUGCGCAAGCGCGGAGCCGUUGUCCCCCGAGCGGUUGCGAGCCCAGCGGUUUCCUGGGCAGAUUCGCCCAGGCGCUGGACUGCGCAGGUUCGGAGGCCUGCCGGGCUGCUCCGCCCAGCCUAAAGCCCCGGCGUGUGCCUCCCGCGGCGUCUUCGGAUCCGUCGACAUGAAUCCCGUCAUCGUGGUCCACGGUGGCGGAGCCGGCAGUAUCUCCAAGGACCGGAAGGAGCGGGUGCGCCAGGGCAUCAUCAAAGCCGCCGAGGAGGGUUACAGAAUCCUCAGGGACGGAGGGAGCGCAGUUGAUGCUGUAGAAGGAGCUGUGACAUUCCUGGAAAAUCAUCCUGAGUUCAACGCAGGUUGUGGAUCUGUCUUGAAUGUAAAUGGUGAUGUUGAAAUGGAUGCCAGUAUCAUGAAUGGAAAAGAUCUGUCUGCAGGAGCUGUGUCUGCAGUCCGCUGUAUAGCAAAUCCCAUUAAACUUGCACGGCUUGUUAUGGAAAAGACAACUCACUGCUUUCUGACUGACCAAGGUGCAGCAAAAUUUGCAGCAGCCAUGGGGGUUCCCACGAUUCCUAAAGAGCAGCUGGUGACAGAGAGAAACGUAAAACGUCUAGAAAAAGAGAAAGGCGCUCCAAAGUCAGACUGCCAACAAGACUUGGGAACCGUGGGUGCCGUUGCCUUGGACUGCAAAGGAAACGUAGCCUACGCGACCUCGACGGGCGGCGUCGUUAAUAAAAUGGUCGGCCGGGUUGGGGACACCCCGUGCAUAGGAUCUGGAGGUUAUGCCGACAACGACAUUGGCGCCAUUUCCACCACGGGGCACGGGGAGAGCAUCCUGAAGGUGAAUCUGGCCAGACUGACUCUCUUCCACGUAGAACAAGGAAGGACAUUGGAAGAGGCAGCCGACAUGGCGUUGGGUUAUAUGAAGUCAAAGCUGAAGGGUUUAGGCGGCGUCAUCUUGGUCAGCAAAGCAGGAGACUGGGCGGUGAAGUGGACCUCCACCUCCAUGCCCUGGGCGGCCGCCAAGGAUGGCAAGCUGCACUCUGGAAUCGAUCUCGACGAGACCAGUGUCGCUGACCUGCCCUAGGGCCCUGAAGAUUGUAUUCUAGAUGCUAGCUUGGAGGGAAAGUCCAGUUUCCUGGUGUGGAGACUUGGCUUAAUCAAUUAGAUCUAGAAAUGGAAAAUUCUGCGGUCUGUCACUCGUUUUGUCGCCUUGAUCAAUGAGUAUCUGAGUGUUUGGUUGAGGGGCGGAUCUGGACGUGCUGAGAGAAACGCCCCUUUUAAGGUCAAAAUAAGACCAGCGCAGAUGACUAAGUCCUGAGUCUUUCUUAUGAAUCAUCCCCAGUGUCUUAGAUUAGAGAGAAGAAACAACAUGAUCUGAACAGGACAGCAGCCACUUCAAUGCAGGGAGUGCCAUCUGGGAUCAGGAGACCCACAGUGGGGACAGAAGCAGCAGGCUCGCCAGGUGGAAGGGGACCAACACCUCCCAGGGCUCUCUUGGUUGCAGAGUUCAUGUUAAGUCAGAAGAAUGUUGGGGGAAAGAACCCAUGAGAGGAGAAGCUGAUUUUUCGAAGAAGGUUCAGAUCUCCUCUGACUUACUAAUGUAGACGUGUUUCCAGAUACUUUAAAAGUCAUCCCUGGAAACCCCUAGCCCCCAGUCUCCAGGUGAAGGGUCUAAUGGGGACUCUGCGGAGCUCCUGCGGGUCUGAGGGUUCUCUCGGGCUCCCACGUGAGUCCGCUGGCCUAGCAUUUUCCCAUCAGCCUCUGCGUGCUGCAGGCCCUCCUGGUGCUUGUGCAGAGCAAGGGGGCUCAUGACACCCCCGCCGCCACUGCCGUAAGCAGCACACCAAUCCCAUGGGGUCAUCUACUGUGGUCUCCAUUGGGGGCUGCGGGCCCCCAUGACUGCAGGGGCCGUGUGCACAACACAGUCAGCGUGUGAGGAAAGUAAUUUCCUUGGUGGAAACUCUUCCUAGUAAUCUCUGUCUACACUGGAAAUGGUAUUUCUGCUGUGACAAUUUUUUAGUCUCUCAGGUCUUACCUUCUUUCUGGAAAGAAAUUGCUUAACUUUAAAUUCCAUGUGCCACUAAUAAAAUAUAUUUUGAAAGAA